GCGCAGACAACUUGAGAGCGCGCGGGGUGGUAACUUAUCUGGAGUCCUGCCUGGACCUAGAUUCCACGCCAAAUCUUGCCGCUCUGUGGCAGGUAGGAGGCCACUGCUUUCUCUUCUCUCGUCGUCAGCCCACUUCCUAGCUGACCAGAGACCGAGGCGGCAACAAGCCGGAGCCCGCCAUGGCCGCAAACUAUUCCAGUAUCGGUAGCAGGAAAGAACAUGUCAAAAUUACCUCCGACCCCCAGCCAGGCUUCCUGGAGCGACUGAGCGAGACCUCCGGUGGCAUGUUUGUGGGUCUCAUGACCUUCCUGCUCUCCUUCUACUUAAUCUUCACCAAUGAGGGCCGUGCACUGAAGACAGCCACCUCACUGGCAGAGGGCCUCUCUCUCGUGGUUUCCCCUGAGAGUAUCCACAGUGUGGCUCCAGAGAAUGAAGGGAGGCUGGUGCACAUCAUCGGGGCGCUGAGGACGUCCAAGCUCCUGUCAGACCCAAACUAUGGGGUCAAUCUUCCAGCUGUGAAAUUGCGGCGGCAGGUGGAGAUGUACCAGUGGGUAGAAACAGAAGAGUCUAGCGAAUACACAGAGGACGGGCAGGUGAAGAAGGAGACAAAGUACUCCUACAACCCCGAAUGGAGGUCGGAAAUUGUCAACAGCAAAAACUUUGACCGAGAGAUUGGCCACAAAAACCCCAGUGCCAUGGCGGUGGAGUCGUUCACAGCAACAGCCCCCUUUGUCCAAAUCGGCAGAUUUUUCCUCUCAGCUGGCCUUAUUGACAAGAUUGACAACUUCAAGCCACUGAGUCUGUCCAAGCUGGAGGACCCCCAUGUGGACAUCAUCCGCCGAGGAGACUUUUUCUACCACAGUGAAAACCCCAAGUACCCCGAGGUUGGCGACGUACGCGUCUCCUUUUCCUAUGCAGGGCUGAGCAGCGAUGACCCUGACCUGGGCCCAGCUCAUGUGGUCACUGUGAUUGCCCGACAGCGGGGUGACCAGCUUGUCCCAUACUCCACCAAGUCUGGGGAGACCUUGCUGCUCCUGCACCAUGGGGACUUCUCAGCAGAGGAGGUGUUUCGUAGAGAACAGAAGAGCAACUCCAUGAAGACAUGGGGCCUGCGGGCAGCCGGCUGGAUGGCCAUGUUUAUGGGCCUCAACCUCAUGACUCGGAUCCUCUACACCCUAGUGGACUGGUUUCCUUUCUUCCGAGACCUGGUCAACAUUGGCCUGAAAGCCUUUGCCUUCUGCGUGGCCACCUCACUGACCCUACUGACCGUGGCUGCAGGCUGGCUGUUCUACCGGCCACUGUGGGCCACCUUCAUCGGCUGCCUGGCCCUGGUGCCCAUCAUCAUUGCUCGGACCCGGGUGCCAGCCAAAAAACUGGAGUGAAGAGUCGGGGUCCAGGUAUCCCCUCAGCCUGCCCAGCACUAGCCGGAGCAGGCCAUCUAUGUGCCUCCCUCUUCAAGGGGCCAACACUGGCAGCCUGUGCGUAGGGUUCGGUGUUUGCUAGCUUGCAUCUUCUCCACUCUUCCUUGCCAGAACGCAGCUUUGUUGGGCAGAAACAGCUUGAGAAUAGACCCGAGUACUGUCCUGCUUCUCUCUCCCUCUCUGGCUCAGCAGGUGUGGUGGGUCUGUGUACUUUAUUCCACUGUCAGAUGACCUGUUGGUGGUGAAGGGCUCUGCCUUCUCACUGCCUGUUUCUCAUCACUGAAGCCAAGGGCCAGGACUGUCAUAACCAUCAGCAACACCUGACUCCAGAAGGCAGCCCUCACCCAGUGCUGCUAGCCACACCUGAUCCGAAGCCAGAAUGCACAAGUCUGCAGGUGGAACUUGAUUUGGCAGAAGGAAACACUGAAGAUGACAAUCAUCCAGAUGACAAUCAUCCUGUGGAGGGCAGAUGUCUGGGGUGCAAGCCCUGAAGGCUCUGGUUCUGUUACAAAGCUCUGGUUCUGUUACUCCUUCGUGUGUUCUUUCUAAUCUAGGGAGCUAAGCUAUGACUAAAACACCUGACUGUUGCUGUCAGGUGAGACUUAACUCCCAGCAAAGAAAGGUGUUAAGUUGGGGUGUGACAUAACUGCUUUUAGUUACCUCAGUUACUGGGAAGCUUAGCGAUGGGAUGCUUUUGAACAGUUAGUCGAGUCGUUUUUCCACUGGGCUGCGACUAGAGGAAAGCGCCUAGUCAUCCUCUGGCAUUGGAGGCUACCUGUUCAUUUGAAGGUGGCUUUGAGUUUGUAGUAAACUGGUAAGAGAGCUCCUUCAUACCAACCUCCAGUCAUCCACAGUCAAGAAUCAGGGGACUAAGUCUUGCUGAAAGAGGUUCACGUCUGGCCAGGCCCAGCCCAGCCCCUCUCCAUGGAAAUGCUUUUGACCUUGGCACUCCAGACUCAAGUAGUUGCUGCAAAGUGGUUCUUUUUGUGUUUAAUGGCCAUCACUUUGCUUACUCCAAAUAAAAUCCACCCACACUAAUUCACAUAUUUCUAAGUCCCCAGCAAUUACAUGCUUUGAAAGGUGCUGCAGCCCUAUCUUCAGAGAUCCCUGGCUCACGCUAUCCACAUUUGCAAACUCUUGCGCUGGCUGGCAGCGGUUGCUUUAGCAAGUGUUUGGUAGCUGAGUGAGGUGCUGGAUCCUUGGAAACUAAGAGCUCCCCCACACCCCACUCCUGUCCUGAGGUAUCUGCCUUUAAUUGGGAUUCGUGGUAACAAUGCAGCCGGGAUGGCUUAUCUGGGUUCAGGAUUCCAACAGUAUUCACUGCUGCACGUGGAUGCAAUUGUAUCUAGUAUCCAAAAGGAGACUUUGGGAAAACACAGUAAUAUUGACAGCUGAAUAUUAAACCUUGGGAUUCAGUUUGUGUAAACCUUUCCUAUAUGGGUUUUACCUGCCACUUCAAGUGUUCUUAUAGAGCAAGUGAUGGAAAGAAUAAUUUGAAACGAAUGAGAUUUGUAUUCUUGAUAUUGUUCAUUAAAAUUUGAAAUAAG